CGCGCCUGCCUUUCGAUUGCUCUUCCUUCGCCGCGUCUUUCUUUGCUAGGGUUUUGUUUCGCCUCCCAAUCUUCUGAUCAAUGGCGGCCGUGGAAGGCGAGAAGAAGAUGAUCACGCUCAAGAGCUCAGACGGUCAAGAGUUCGACGUCGAGGAGGCAGUAGCCAUGGAGUCGCAGACCAUCCGCCACAUGAUCGAGGAUGACUGCGCCGAGAAUGACAUCCCGCUCCCCAACGUCGACUCAAAGAUCCUCUCCAAGGUCAUUGAGUACUGCAAGAAGCACGUCCAGGCCAGCCCCAAACCGGCUGACUCCGGCGCCGUCACUGACGCCAACUCCUCCACCUCCACUGCAGCCGCCGCCCCCGUCGAGGACCUCAAGAGCUUUGACGCUGAGUUUGUCAAGGUCGACCGGGCCACCCUCUUCGACCUCAUCCUGGCUGCAAACUACCUCAACAUCAAGGGAUUGCUCGACCUUACUUGCCAGACUGUUGCCGACAUGAUCAAGGACAAGACUCCGGAGGAGAUCCGCAAGAUUUUUAACAUCAAGAAUGAUUUCACACCCGAGGAGGAGGCGGAGGUCCGCAAGGAGAACCACCUAUUGUGGGAGAGCGGCGAUAUGGCUCAUACUAUCAUAUACUCUUAUUAUCUGACACGUCCAGAAAGGCUGAUCGGUAGGUGGACUUCAUUCAAUGCGGAAAAGUUCGAGCCGUGGGAAAUCAUGUAUACCCCCGAGUGGAUGUACAGCGGGUUGUCGAACGUAGACGGCUUCGUACGUCCGACAUGGACUGGCCCCGCUACUGGCAAACGCAGUGGAAGAACUAGGACCGGCGGUUCUCGUUAG